CUCCAUGUUCCUAAACAACCCGAAUCCCAACCUUAUAAUUUACUCCCCCGCCUUCCCCCAAAGCCAGAAGACGCGCGACAUCUUCUGGCACUAGUACUGCGCGUGCUCAAGAGCGACAGAGUCGCGCAUGCUCCUGAGCGCACAAGUCAGGCGUUUGGGCGAAAGGAUUCUGUAAACUGCCUCUUGGGGUGCUUCUGCCCCCCCUUUCCGCGCCGCCCCCCCACCUCAGCUCCGUCCCUUCAUGGCGGCCGCCCCUCUCGCCCUAGUGCCGACUCCGUCUGCCACCCACCUGGCUGCAGCGCUCGGUGUCGCCCGCGUCUCUCUAGGCUCCCCUCGCUGAGGAGAGGGAGAAGAAGAGCUCUCGGAAUAAUCCUCGGUUUUCAGCUAUGGCGACCCCGUGCCGGACCCCUCCGCCGGGGCUCCUGCUGCUGCUCCUGGCGCUGAUGGACGGCGGCUCCUCAGGACUGCCCGCCGGCUGUAAGCAGGACGGCGGAGGCCGCUCCAGGGGCAGCAAGUCCUCGCCGCCCGCCGAAGGGGGGGCCGGAGGAAAGGUGGUCUGCAGCAGCCUGGAGCUGGCCCGCGUCCUGCCUCCCGAAGCCCUUCCUAACAGGACGGUCACCCUGAUUCUAAGCAACAAUAAGAUAUCAGGAUUGAAGAAUGGUUCCUUUGCUGGGUUGAGCCUUCUUGAACGACUGGACCUCAGAAACAAUUUCAUAAGUGUUAUAGAUCCAGGAGCUUUUAUAGGACUUCCGUCUCUAAAAAGACUAGACUUAACAAACAACCAGAUAGGAUGCCUGAAUGCAGAUACAUUUAAAGGACUUGCAAAUCUUGUCAGAUUAAAUCUUUCGGGAAAUUUGUUUUCAUCACUUACACAAGGAACAUUUGAUCAUCUUACUUCGCUGAAGUCUCUAGAAUUUCAGACUGAUUAUCUGCUGUGUGAUUGUAAUAUGUUGUGGAUGCAACAAUGGAUACAAGAAAGAAAUAUAACUGUUCGUGAGACCAGAUGUGCUUAUCCCAAGUCACUGCAAGCUCAACCAAUUCUGAGUGUUAAACAGGGGCUUCUGACAUGCGAUCCACCUCUGGAAUUGCCAUCUUUCUACAUGACUCCCUCUCACCGUCAGGUUGUAUUUGAAGGAGACAGCCUGCCUUUCCAAUGCAUGGCGUCUUAUAUUGACCAAGAUAUGCAGGUUCUGUGGUACCAGGAUGGGAAGAUAGUUGAAACAGAUGAAUCCCAGGGUAUUUUUGUUGAAAAAAAUAUGAUCCAUAAUUGCUCACUCAUUGCAAGUGCCCUGACCAUCUCAAAUAUUCAAGCUGAAUCUACUGGAAACUGGGGGUGUCAUGUGCAUACCAGCCGUGGAAAUAAUUCAAGAACUGUUGACAUUGUGGUAUUGAACAGCUCUGCACAGUAUUGUCCACCAGAGAGAGUUGUCAACAAUAAAGGUGACUUCAGGUGGCCCCGAACAUUGGCAGGCAUUACUGCAUAUCUGCUGUGCACUCGUUACUCAGCUGGCAGUGGAAUAUAUACUGGCAGUUCUCAGGAUGAAAAGAGAGCUUGGCGCAGAUGUGAUAGGGGAGGAUUCUGGGCUGAAGAGGACUACUCUCGGUGCCAGUAUGCAAAUGAUGCUACUCGAGUUCUCUAUAUGUUUAAUCAGAUGCCACUGAAUCUUACUAAUGCUGUUGCAACAGCUCGACAACUGUUAGCUUAUACUGUUGAAGCAGCAAACUUUUCUGACAAAAUGGAUGUAAUUUUUGUGGCUGAAAUGAUAGAAAAAUUUGGAAGAUUUGCUGAGAAGUACAAAGAGCUUGGUGAUGUGAUGGUUGAUAUUGCAAGUAAUAUAAUGCUAGCUGAUGAGCACAUCUUGUGGAUGGCACAGAGGGAAGCUAAAGCUUGUACUAGAAUCGUACAGUGUUUGCAGAGGAUUGCUACAUACCGUCUAUCUAACGGGGCUCAGGUUUACUCAACGUAUUCUCCAAAUAUUGCUGUGGAAGCUUACAUAAUAAAAAGUUCUGGCUUCACUGGGAUGACCUGCACUGUGUUCCAGAAGGUAGCUGCAGCAGACCGUAUAGGACUUCCUGACUAUGGUCGAAGAGAUCUGGAGGGAAGCCUUGACAAGCAACUGGGAUUUAAGUGCAAUGUCUCAAAUACAUUGUCAAGCCUUGCACUUAAGAAUACCAUUGUGGAAGCAUCUAUACAGUUGCCACCUGCCCUUUUUUCAAAAAAGAACAAAAGAGAAAUCAGGCCAGCAGAUGAGACUGUCUACAAGCUGCAACUUAUUGCAUUUCGUAAUGGGAAGCUUUUCCCAACAACAGUGAAUUCAACAACUUUAGCUGCUAAUCAAAAACACCUCACUGUGGUCACACCAGUUAUCCUCACCAAAAUAGAUGGCUUAAAUUUACCCCAUCAGCACAUUCCUGUUAAUGUGACUUUACGACGCAUCGCACAUGGAGCAAAUCCUGUUGCAGUACAGUGGGACUUUGAUUUGCUGAAUGGACAUGGGGGGUGGAAGUCAGAUGGAUGUCAGAUUCUUUCUUCAGAUGAAAAUGUAACUACCAUACAGUGCUACUCACUCAGUAACUACGCAGUCCUUAUGGAUUUGUCAGGAUAUAUCCAGUCAGCUGAUUUUUUACACCCAGUUGUCUAUGUCUCUGCUGUAUUUCUGCUGAUGAGCCUCUUGGUGAUCAAAGUUAGCUACAUUUAUCAUCACAGUGUCAUCAGGAUCAGCAUUAAAAGUUGGCACAUGUUAAUUAACCUCAGCUUCCAUAUUUUUCUGACUUGUGUGAUCUAUAUUGGAGGCAUAACCCAGAGCAAGAGCACUAGUAUCUGCCAAGCAGUUGGGAUAAUUUUGCACUAUUCUACACUUGCCACGUUACUGUGGAUGGGAGUCACUUCUAGAAACAUUUAUAAGCAAGUAACAAGGAAAGUAAAAAGGUGUCAAGAUCCUGAUGAACCUCCACCACCUCCUAGGCCAAUGCUUAGAUUCUACCUAAUUGGUGGAGGAAUCCCUGUCAUAGUUUGUGGCAUAACAGCUGCUGCAAAUAUAAAGAAUUAUGGAAGUAAACCACACUCAGCAUACUGUUGGAUGGCAUGGGAACCAAGCUUGGGAGCAUUUUAUGGGCCUGCUAGCUUCAUCGUUUUUGUGAACUGCAUGUAUUUCCUCAGCAUAUUUAUACAACUGAAAAGGCACCCUGAACGUAAAUUUGAACUUAAAGAGCCAGCUGAGGAGCAGCAGCGUUUAGCAGCCAGUGAACAUGGCAACCUGCACCAUCAGGACUCAAUGUCUGUGUCGCUAGUUUCCACUUCAGCUUUAGAAAAUGAGCACAGUUUCCAUGCUCAGCUUCUGGGUGUGAGUCUUACUUUAUUCCUGUAUGUGGCUUUGUGGAUUUUGGGGGCUUUUGCUGUGUCUUUAAGCUACCCCUUGGAUCUGGUUUUCAGCUGCUUUUUUGGAGUCAUGUCUUUGAGCCUUAGUGGUUUUCUCUUAACACAUCAUUGCAUUAAGAGAGAAGAUGUUAGACAUGCUUGGAUAACAACCUGCUGCCCUGGAAGGAGCACAUACUCAGUACAAGUUAAUAUUCAGCCUUCAUCUAGUGCAAGUGGCAUAAAUGGAGAAUCUGCCAAGUGCACCAAUAGCAGUGCAGAGUCAUCAUGCACUAACAAGAGUGCAUCAAGCUUGAAAAAUUCUUCUCAAGGUUGUAAAUUGACCAACAUACAUGCUGCAGCAGCUCAGUGUCCUCCAGGCUCCCAGGCCUUGAAUCCUGGUGGUCCACUUGAUAACAGUCUUACUGAACACUCAGUAGACAAUGAGAUCAAAAUGCAUGUCGCCCCUUUAGAAGUACCUUUACGAACAAAUGGGCAUCCAGGCCGCCAUCACAAAAACAGAAGUAAAGGGCACCGUGCCAGCAGACUUGCAGUCUUGCGGGAAUAUGCUUAUGAUGUUCCUACUAGCGUAGAAGGAAGCCUCCAGAAUGGCUUGACUAAAAGUCGUCAGAGUAUUAGUGAAGGGCAUUCAAAGAGCCGAAGAGCUUAUUUGGCAUACAGGGAACGGCAGUAUAACCAGUCCCAGCAAGACAGCAGUGACACCUGCAGUACUCUUCAGAAAGGACACAGGAAUACAGAAAAGACAGUGCCAACAAACCUCAAAAAGGAAGUACUGAGGAAACCAAUUGUAGAUGAACUGGAAGGACAGCAGAAAUCUUACGGCUUAAAUUUAGCUGUCCAAAAUGGGCCACCGAAAAGCAGUGCCCAGGAUGGAACUUUAUUGAGUGCUGACAGCACAGGCAAUAUCAGGACUGGAUUGUGGAAACAUGAAACUACUGUGUAGUGCUUCUGGACAUUCUUGUAAGAAUUUAAAGAAAUUGUCUUUUUAUACUAUGAAUAUUUUCCCAGUUUGUAAUCAUGGGUACUUUGAACUGAGAGGGAGGAGAUCGGCCAUUUGAAGAUAUUUUAUACUUUCUUCAAGUAUUUCUGACAUUUUUACAAAGACCAGUAGCUCUUCAAAGUCCUUUCUAUUGUCAGGAAAUACAAUUUGGACACUAUUUUUAUAUAUGUGUGUAAAGGUCUCUCUCCUUGGUAUGUCCAACACAUUUCAUUUUUAUAUUUAAAUUUGUAAAAUAAAUCACUUUCUCUGACAUUUUCUUAUGUACCAUAUUGGUUCAAAUAGUAAAAAAAAAAACCAAAAACCAACAGUCCAUAAACUGUAUUAGCAUUUUUGUGUGUUAUUUACGGUAGGUCCUCCGUCUGCUAGACCACUUUCUUAAGUUAAGAUGUGCACCAGUGAAAUCAGUAGAUAUGUACAAGAUUGAACUGUUAAACCAGAUAGAUUUCAUUCGCCAAGUGCAGAAGUUCAAGAUCUUUCCUGUAGUAAAGAAAAGAAGGUUACUCUUUUGUCAAAUACAAAGUUUAAGGUGUCUGGAUCAUACCUGUCUGAUCUUUGGCAUAGUUUUUUGUUGCUGUUUUAGCCUGAGAAGUUAUGAAAUAGAUUGCUACCUCAUUCUGAACAAUUUACAGAAAACAUUUGUGAAAUAUAGCCAGGAUGUUCAUCAUCUAGCAGCUCUCAAAAUCCCCAGUCUGUACUGCCAGUGAUAGAGGACUGUGGGAGUUGUAGUUUGGAGUGACAAUGGUUCACCACCCCUCUAACCUCUGUGUGGGACACAAGAUAUUUUCCUCAGUGCUUUCUGUAUAAGAGCAUACAUACAAUGUAAUUAAUUCUAUAAACUCAAAGAUAGUAUUUAUUAUUUAUUUAAAAUAUUUUUAUCCUGCCCUUCACCUUAAAAAAGACCCAGAUCUUGUAGGUCAAACAACUAUCUUACAAUUAGCUACCAGAAAAUUAAAUCAAAUCAAAUGAGGGUCAGCAAAUUGUCAGCUUUUUUUUUUUUCAAAGAAGUGGAGGCAGUAUCAAUCUCACAUGCCCUAUUGUAAAGAAAUAAUAACAAGCAACAGCUAUAGACCUCAUCAGAAAUUUACAGUUAAAAUAUCAGUAUUCAUCUAAUUUUAAAAAUAAUGUAAAGUAUAAAUACCAAAUGG